CACAUCACGUGUUAAGACUCGGAAAAUGGCCGAUGAAGACACAAACAAAAAAGUUCACAACAAUGAUAUCAAAAACGAAGAACCACUAACUACAGCAGAUGAAAACCAUGCUGUGGCAUAUGAAAAUUACGGGGAACACAAGCAGAAACCAGUUGACAGCUCUUGGUCGGCACCAAUUUUGUCCUUGGCUCGAAAAGCAACCGAGACGAUUAGCAAUGUCAACACUACUGGCUUGAGGAACACCUCAUCUGUGUCUGAACCCAGUCAUCUUCCUCCUCCGGACAGCUCUGACACUACAAAGCCUGCGCUGAAGGAUCCUAUGUCAGUGGAGCGGUCAAAUCUAUUAAGCAUGAUGAAACUCAGCAUAAAAGUGUUGAUCCAGUCCUCUCUCAACUUGGGCCGGACGCUAGAUUCAGAAUAUCCACCUUUGCAACAGUUCUUUGUGGUAUUGGAACACUGUCUUAAACAUGGAUUGAAAGUUAAGAAAUCCUUUAUUGGCCAAAAUAAGUCUAUCUGGGCUCCUUUGGAAUUGGUGGAGAAACUGUGUCCUGAGUCUGCUGACCUUGCCACAAGUGUACGAGAUAUGCCUGGACUCAAGACAGGCCUUGGGAAAGCUAGAGCCUGGCUACAUUUGGCACUCAUGCAGAAAAAAAUGGCAGAUUACCUGAAAGUUCUGAUAAACCGACGUGACCUUCUGGGGGAAUUUUAUGAGCUGGGGGCUCUCUUACUGGAGGAAGAGGGCUCCGUGGUUGCUGGUAUGCUGGUGGGCCUGAACGUCAUUGAUGCCAACCUCUGCGUGAAAGGGGAAGACCUAGAUUCUCAGGUGGGUGUCAUUGACUUCUCCCUAUACUUAAAGGACCCACAGACAACUGAAAGCACACAAGAUGGUGCUAAAAUGACAGCGAUUCUGGAUCAGAAGCACUACAUAGAGGAGCUGAACCGCCACCUUAGCUGCACAGUGACUGACCUUCAGGUCAAGAUGGAUUCACUGGAGAAGACCAACAGCAAACUCAUAGAGGAGCUGUCGGCGGCCACAGACAGGAUCAAUUCAUUACGGGAGGAGCAGGAGCAGCUUCGCCAGGAAAACAUCAGCAUCCUUCAGAGCAGCCAGAGGAAAGAGGAGGUGACACUGCAGGAUAGCCAAGUUGAGCUGGAGACUUACCGCCAGACACGUCAGGGGCUGGAUGAAAUGUACAAUGUGGUGUGGAAGCAGUACAAAGAGGAGAAGCGCAUUAGACAGGAGCUGCAGAAGGAGCUGGAGCUGCAGGUGGGACUCAAGCAGGAGAUGGAGGUGGCCAUGAAACUGCUGGAGAAGGACAUCCAUGAGAAGAAGGACACGUUGGCCGCACUCCGUCAGCAGCUGGACCAGGUCAAGAGCCUCAACCUCAACAUGUACAACAAGGCACAGGAUGCUGGCAGAGUGGUUCAGAGGAAGGAGGAGGAGGCACUGAAGCUGGAGCAGAAGAUGAGUCAGAUGGAAACAUCAAUGAGAGAACUGGAACUGAGGCUGCAGAUCUCUGAGCGUGGACGCAAGAGCACAGAGGACACCCAGGAGGAGGUGCGCUCAGAAAUGAAAGGCCGGGUGGACGCUCUACAGAAACGCCUGUCUGACCUCGAUUCGCUGAGGGCGGGGCUGGAGGCAGAGCUGAGCAGGGAGAAGGCACAGAGGCAGAGACUGCAGCGAGAGCUACAGCGAGAGCAGGACAACAGCGGUGAACUGCGCACCCAGCUGCAGCAGCUGCAGGGCCUGCAGACGGAGUUGCUGGAGCUGCAGCAUGAGAAGAAACAGCUGCAGCAGCUGUGCGAGGAGCAGGAACAGGCACUCCAAGAGAUGGGUCUUCACCUCAGCCAAUCCAAACUAAAAAUGGAGGACUUUAAAGAGGUCAACAAAGCUUUAAAGGGCCAUGCCUGGCUGAAGGACGACGAGGCCACACAGUGCAAGCAAUGCCAGAAAGAAUUCUCCAUCUCUCGCAGAAAGCACCAUUGCAGAAACUGUGGCGACAUUUACUGCAGCAAUUGUUCUAGCAAUGAGCUGGCUCUUCCGUCAUAUCCCAGGCCGGUGCGCGUCUGCGACGUCUGCCACACUCUUCUUCUCCAGAGGAGCUCCACCAGUUCUUGAUGCUGUUCAGCAGCCACAAAUCAGACAGGAACAUGCUCAGCAACAGGCACAUUGUGGCAUAGCCAGAACAGAUUCAUAUGCAUUGGCAUUUUAUGGGGCUUUCAGCUUGUUGGAAACCUUUCUUCAGCCCUUAGGCAGUAUAAAUAUUGCAAAUUAUAUGCAAAGUAAUUUCUUCUACAGGGAGAAUGUGAUUUUUAAAAGGAAUAUGGUAUGGGCAUGAUUGGUUAUGACUUCGUAUUUUCCCCACCUUGUCGAUAUUCUCCAUUUUAGGGAGACUACUACUAACUGAAAACACAAACUCCUCUUGAGCCCCUGAAAAUGUGAGCCGUGUUUUCACUCAUGACCCCUUCUUUUCUAAAUGUGGAUGAUGGGAACAAUAAAAAGUGCUUCUCUUGAGGCUACUUUCUGUAAGAUUUUCAACACUGCCUCCCAUGUGUGAUACACCUGUUUACUAAGAUGUUUACCCCUUCUGCAUGUUCUCAAUGGCCAUAUUUAGGGUGAAUUUGAACAAAGACAAUACAAUUUGAGGACCACCAUGCAGCAACAAUAACAAAAAAAUCUUACAGAAGGCAGCUUUGAUUAUGUACACAAAGCAGAUUCAGAAGUGGAAUGCUGACAUGGAUACACUCAUAGUGGAUGGCUUUAACGAGACCUGGGUGUACAUUUUGUGCCAUGAGCUUAUACUUUGUGCACACUAAAGGCUUAAAGUAUGUAAUAUUGUAUCAGUAUUUGUUCUUAGACCAUAGGACCUAUACUUAAUUUUCAAACAAUACGAAAAAUGUAUGCAAUGUUUAAACAAAAGAAUUAAUAUUUAAUUUGUCCUUGGGGUACAAAAACAGACAUAUUAAUUGGUAAAAUUGAUAAGAGGAACACACAGGGUAGGGAGAUGAUGAUUGUAAUUUUUCACUGUUCCACCAUGUUAAUUCACUAAUACUAAUCAACAACCUUUUUAAACAUUGAACUAACUUUUUAAACAAACUAUUUAAAUACAAAAUGCUAUUUUAGAAUGUACAACGAUUUCUUGUCUGUGCAGUUCUGUUUUCUCCAUCUGCACUGUUUAGAAAGUUGCAGUCAUGUUUAAAAUGUCUCCACAGUUUUUAUAGAAUUAUGUAGAUUUUAAUAAACACUGCCCCAGCAAAAUAGCAGUCCAUCUGUGAAAAAAAGAGAAAACUCUGACAUGAAUCCAUUCUGUGCACCACACUACAAAAAAUACAAAUUCAGUACACUGGAGGGAGAAGAGCGAGCUCUCAAACAUAAUUAGCACAUGCAUCUAACACUACAGCUGUAGCCCACUCUGUGCUCCUGCAAACAUGCUUUGCAGCAGUACAGAUCAGCUUUCCACUGUAAAACAUAACACUUUUCACCCCAAAGAUCCCAUUUUGAAAUUAGGUAGAGAAACAUGGUCACUUUUGCAUACAUAUAUAGAUUUAAAAAAAACAAACAAACAAAAAAAACAACUAUUGUUUCUGGGCACCGCUCCACUCUUCCACAGUAACUUAUGUAGCAUGUCCAGCAAUUGGCUUCACUUUUAUUACACACAAAAAAACCAAACAAAAAGUAAUUAUCCAAAAGUAUUUGGCUCCCUCUCAGUGAUAUCAUCCACAUAAGAUAAAAAGACACAUGAGAAGAAUAUAAAAAAAAAAAAAAAAAA